AUGACAGCCAGGAAUCUAAACUCCGAUCAGUUUGCGCUUCUCGAGUUUAAGGAUCGCAUUGCUGGUCCUCAAAAUGUCUUGGCAAACAGUUGGACGGCCUCUACCUCUGUUUGUAAUUGGAUUGGUGUUUCAUGUGGCAUCCUCCAUAAAAGAGUAAUAGCUUUGAAUCUUGCAAGCAUGAAUCUUAGCGGUACUAUCUCUCCACACCUUGGAAAUCUUUCAUUUCUACUUUCUCUCGACUUGAGUAGCAACAAUUUCUAUGGCCAUCUGCCUAAAGAAUUGGGCCAAUUGCAUCGUUUGAGGAUCAUUCGAUUAAGCUACAACCGUCUUAAUGGGGAAAUUCCAUCAUGGCUUGGGAACUUACACAGAGUUCGAAGGUUGCAAAUGGAAAAUAAUAACAUUUCAGGCACAAUCCCUCAAACACUUGUUAACAUGUCCAAUCUAGAGAUCUUGAAUAUGGGAUUGAAUCAAUUAUCUGGCUAG